CAAGACUACACUCUGUAUAAGAGCGAAGUGAGAACAAAUCCAGCCACGCUUUACCAUCAUCCAUCAUCUCCACUGCCACAAUGCGGCUCUCCAGCCUCAUCCCACUCCUCUUCAGCCUCCCCGCAUUCGCCGCCCUCCCCUACAAAGGCGUCGACUGGAGCUCCCUCCUGCACGAAGAAAAAGCCGGAAGAACCUACAAAUCCGCCUCCGGCCAAGUGCAACCACUCGAAACCAUUCUCAAAAACGCGGGCGUCAACACGGUCCGCCAACGCAUCUGGGUGAACCCACCCGACGGCAACUACAAUCUCGAUUACAACAUCAGGUUGGCCAAGCGCGCGAAGGCGGCCGGACUACAGAUUUAUCUUGAUUUCCAUUACAGCGAUAACUGGGCGGAUCCGGGGAAACAAGUUGUCCCCGCUGCGUGGAAGAACCUUGGUCGCGAUGCUUUGGUGCAGCAAGUUUAUACGUAUACCAAGGAUGUCAUGAACGCUUUUGCGCGCGAGCAGAUUCCCCUGGCUAUCGUUAGCAUUGGUAAUGAAAUCACGCCUGGGUUGCUUUUCCCGACUGGGCAAUUGAGCCGCUCCGACGGACCGCGGAACGUUGCCCUGUUGCUGAAAUCCGCCAGCAAAGCUAUCAAGGAGAGUAAUCUGAAGCCAACUCCAAAGAUCAUGAUCCAUCUCGACAAUGGCUGGAAGUGGGACACGCAGCAAUGGUGGUACGACACGGUCCUAGGUUCCGGCGGCGGACUAAGUGCGGCCGAUUACGACAUCCAGGGCGUGUCGUACUACCCCUUCUACAACUCUGGUGCUACGCUGUCGGCCCUGGGAUCCAGUCUGCAGAACAUGGUGAGGAAGUAUGGGAAAGAGGUGCAGGUUGUGGAGACGAAUUGGCCGACGUAUUGUCCGAAUCCUAGCUAUGCUUUCCCGAGUGAUGUUAAGAGUAUCCCGCUUAGUGUUGAUGGGCAGAUUACCUGGAUGAAGGAGGUUGCGAAGAGGGUUGAGCAGGCGGGGCAGGGGAAAGGGACGGGAUUGUUCUACUGGGAGCCGGCUUGGGUGAGUAAUGCUGGGUUGGGAAGUAGUUGUGGGUGGAAUUUGAUGGUUAGUGAUAAGGGGCAGGAUAUGGGCGGAUUCAAGGUCUUUGGUCAAAUCUAG